AUGAAGUCGGAAAGCGAACCUGUCAACGGCACCCCAAACGGGGUCACCAUACGAAACCACCGUCCGGGCGACAUGGGGUUCAUCACCUACCGCCAUGGAACAAUCUACGCUAACGAGUUCGAUUACGGGUCACCUUUCGAAGCCUUGGUCGGCAGAAUCACGUCCGAGUUCAUCACAACUUUCGACCCUACAUCAGAGCGUUGCUGGAUUGCGGAAAGGGAUGGCCAGUUCCUGGGCUGCAUCAUUCUCAUGAAAGAUCGCGACACGCCGGGUCGAGCGAAGUUGAGGUGUUUUCUCGUCGAGAAGAGCGCUCGAGGUCUAGGCCUGGGAACGCGAUUGAUGAAGCUCUGCAUAGACUUUGCGAGAGAGGUCGGCUAUGAACGUGUCGGGUUGAGAACGGAUAGCAACAUGGUAGGAGCAAGGAGGAUGUAUGCCAAGACGGGCUUUAAGAUAUUGGGAACAGAGGAGCAUCGGACCUGGGGUGAGCAUAUCCAGAGUACCGGGGAGAAUUGGGAAAUGGAGUUGUAG